AUGUGUGAUAAAGCUGCAUGUGACAUGCAAAGCAACUGCUCUCGUCUUUUUGAGAUGUUUCCAAAAUUUUUUUCCCAUGACAAGAUCAAGGAUAAAGCCAUUAGUAUUAAAAAUUUGACUCAAAUCAUUGGAGCACUUAAAAGCUGUGAUGAAGGUCAAGCUUGUUUUAAAGCUGCCCAAAUACAUAUCAAGCAAACUAUGUCAGUGUCUUUAGAGGGUGCUGAAGCCUACUUUAUCUUUCUAUCUUCUCAAAGUGUUUCUCUUACUGAAUUGAAUGUUCUCUGGCUCUUAACUUCCCUUGCUUUUCGAACUGGAGAGACUGCUUGUUUGGAAGAAAUAGCAAACAGCUGUGAUGAUUAUCCUGUUGAUGGUGAUUUCAUGAACAACUUGGGAGUGAUGCUAACCCAGAGGAUGAAGUGUGACCUUAGUGAGAAAUGCUUUUUAGGUGCAUUACAUUACUUUCAGCAUGAAGAGAAUCAUCUGGGCAUUGCUGUUGUUACUGUCAACUUGGCAUCCUUCCAUGAGAUCUGUGGAGACUUACAGAAAGCUCAGUCGUAUUGUAAUGAUGCAGUUGAAUUGUGCUUGAAUAUUGCAAGGACCCCACUAACUGAUGUUCAUCUCUUUUGGAAAGUAGUUUUUAGACUUAGUCUCUUUUGUGAAAAACUUUCAAACUUCAAAAGUUAUCAUAAUAUUCUGAGAGUUGCUGUGAAAUUUGACAUUGAUUGCAUUAGUGAUGCUUUUGCAGUUAAAUACAUGAAGCAGCUGAUGACUUUGCAAAUGAAAGAACAUGAGGGUGGACAGAUUAAACAAGAUGAAUUGGAAGAACUUGCUUUGCUACUCUUUGCAGCAGAUGCAUUCCCAAAGACACUGCCACUAAAUCCUGACUUCAUAGAAACUGUUAUGAUGUUGGCAGAGAUGAACUGCACUAUCAAGUGCUCCAAAGAAGCUAGGCAGUUGAUUGACAAGUUGGAGUCAACAUUCCUGCAUGUCUAUGGUGGAAAUUGCCCACUCUUUGGUUUCUUACAGUACAAAAUUGGCCAUUUCAAAUUUAAGUAUGGAGAGGCUAGUGAAGCACAGAGUAGUCUCAUUAAAGCUGAGCAAAUAUUCAUCAACUACUUUGGUAGAGAGCAUCACAUGGUUGGAUCUUGCAAGAGUCUACAGGGUGCCUGUGCCUUGCAGAAAGGAAACCAAGAGGAGACCUGUCAUUAUCUAAAGGAGGCUCAUAAUAUUUUUGAGAAUAUAAAUCCCCACCACCCUGAAAUAGGCAAAAUCCUUUUGAAGUUUGCUGAUCUGGAGAGUGAGGCUGGAAAUUUUGAGAAUGCCAAAUUAACCAUUGAAGAAGCACUGGGAAUGUUCAUAUUGUCUUGUGGUAAGACCUCCCUGCAGACAGCCCUUGCUUAUCUUCAAGGUGCAUCUAUUCUGCAAAGGAAAGGAAAAUUCAUGCAGUCAGCUUUGGACAAAGUGAAGAAAACCACAGACAUCUUUAUACUCCAUGGCUUGCAUCAUGAUGAUCCAGAUGUUGCCUUUUGUCGCUGUUUACAAGGCCAGUUACUGCACUCCCUGGGUCAAGUCAAAGAAGCUGAAGAGGAGUUUCUCUUUGUACAUCAUCAGCUAUCAUCACGGGAUGACUUGUCUACGAAGACCAACAUUAUUGCCCCUGAACUUUAUCGAAUGUUCUAUUUGGUAGACGCUGACGGUCUUGCCCUGAGAGAUUCUCACUGUUCCCACUUUCUUUCACUUGUCAGUCUGGCUCAUAUGAAAACAGGAGAUGAAAAAAUGGGUCAUAUGAGAGAAAUUUUCAGCUGUUUAGAAGAGUUAGACUCCAAGUUCCUGACAGUUUCAGAUUAUUUGGGCAAACAUGUGCACUGUGCAUUACACAGAAUUUUGGAGGCUGAUAUCCAGGUUUCUUGGAUUUUGAUUCCUGAUUCUGCUAAACUACUAGAGUUCUUCUCAUCACCAUACAGUGGUAAGGAAAGGAGGCCAUUAAGAGAUUAUGAAGAUGUUUACUUGAUGUCAUCAUGCAGUAACAGUGAAAAGAAGCCACAUUUUCUUCUCUUCUGGAAGACAUCAGAUGUCUUGGAAACUGGAGACUUAGGUUGUGUUACCUCUUCCUUCCGUGAAAGUGUUAAACUUCUGUGUCUACAGCCUAAGUUUAGAAAAACCUUUCAUGAGAAACAAGAGUUUUUCAUGAAGCUGCCAAUUCAAGAGCAAUCACCUGCUCUACCUUCCCUCUCUUCCCGAAUUGACUCUCUUCCACUUCUAGUCGAGUUAGAGUUGUCAAAAUUGCACAACCAGCGUGAUAGCAUUGUUAGUUCUCCCACUGCAUCUCCUCUUUGGCCUUUGGCGCAUGUGUCCUACAUUUCCUAUAGAUUUUCUUCCUCCAGUAAGGCACUGCUUCUUUUUUACAAGUGUAUUUCAAGUUUGGGUAGAACACUAGAAUUGUCUGAGGUGCUCAGCAUUUCAACUCCUGAGGUUCCAUCAGCUUUACAGAGGAAUUGUGCAGUCCACUUUACUUUUUUGAAUCCUAUCUGUGCCUCCUUGUCUCUGGCUGUUGAGGAAGAAUCUGUUUAUGUAAAGUGUCGAGCUGUAAAAGAAAGUGGGUCAACUUGUAUUUGUUCCUCUGUGAGAAGUGCUUUGAAGAGCAUCACAGAGUCUCUUGAGUCUGAUUUUAGAGGAUCAGUCUUUGAACAAAGUCUAUGUUUACCAUGUGUGGAGGAUGGUGGUGGAAAUUGUAAGAAGCCAUCCAAAUGUUAUUGUCACUGUAAGGACUUUCAAGAUGAAUCUUCCUGCAAUUCUGACCAAAAGUUGGCUUUACAUGAACAAACCAAUUGGGAACCAGAUUCUGAUGUGCUUAAGAUAGGAACAUCUGUUGACCUGUCACAGACUGAGGUAAUUAAAAUUGUUACUUUGUGAUUUAAAUCAUUAAAACAAGUAAGCUCACAGGCUAAAAAUUCUCCAGGGCCAGGUUGUUCAAAGCUAGGUUAAGAUAAUCCAGGGUUAGUGUGAAUUCUGAUUUCAGAUCUGAUAGCAUUAAAAGAAAAUUCAGUUGAAUUCUUUUUGUCUAGAAUAUGAUUAUUUGAUGCUCUAUAAAGAACACGGGAAACUAUCCCAAAAAGGCAUUUGAAUAAAUGAAUAAAGAAAUCCAGAUUAAAAUUUAACCUUGGGUUAGCACUAAUCAACCUUUGAACAACUGGGCCCAGAUAAAUAUUUGUUUUGGCAUGAUGUAAAUGUAUACAUAAUUGUACAUGGUGUAAUCUUGUUUCUUUCUCUUUCUGCCUUUGAAGAAGGCAGAGGAGGGGGCUAUUUGGUUAAGUAGUCAAAAAUUUUUUGUUCUCAUUAUUUUGAGAAAUUCUGUCAUUUUUACUCAAACAGUGUACUAGUAGUGGUUGAAGUGAAAUCUUACAACCACUGUUUCAAGAUAUUUUUGAGUCAGCAUAUCUCAUCCAUCACUCUGAACAAUUCCCCAAGAUGAACUGGUAGAAUUGCAAAAGAUGGUGAAUUUUCCAAGAUGUUUAGACCAUUUAUCAUGCAAAGUUUUUGUCAUUUGCACUGCCAUGAGUUUCCUGUGUGAUUGAUAAAGAGGGUAAUUAAAAUGUUAGUAAGUUUAGGGUUAAAAUGAAGGAAUGUAUUGGACUCUGGAUCAAGUAUUCCAGAUUCAAGCUUUUGCUGGAGUCACUGGGCUUUGUUGUUGGUCACUCUUUAACCCUUUAACUCCCAAGAUCUGAUUGGAAAUUCUGCCCUCUGUAGCUGCUACACAUUUCCUUGUGAAUAAGUUACGAGAAUUUGGUAUUAGAUCAAGAUAACAACUUCUACCUGAUACAUUUGAGUAUGCUCAUUACCUGUUUGCUGGAUAAUGAAUGGAUAUUGUAGAGAGAAGUUACUUGUAAAUCAUGUGUUAAAGACAUAAAAGUCAUUGAUUAAGAGUUCACAAAGGGUAGAAUUUCAAGUAUAAAAUAAGUCCAUUUUCAGCAGGAUCUUGUUUAUUGAAAUUGUUGUCUUUUCUGUGAUAUAACAAAAAGAAAGUGCAAGUAUCAUUGUAGAUUUACCCAAACUGGGAGAUGCUGUGGUGAAAUUAAGUACAAAAAGAUUAAUAUGAUGAUGACUUAAUGUAUUAUUUUUAUUUGCUUUGAAUUGACUAUGGUUUGUUUAUUUUAUAGGAUACUAAAAGCUCAUCAUUCACUGUCCUCUCUGAAGACAAGAUUGUGACUGAUGUUUGUGUAAACCUUUUGGAGUGUAUUUUGAGAAACGGAAAGUUAUCUUUAGCAGUACAACUUUCUGGCAUAAACAAUGGAUUAUAUACUACUGAUGGUACAGAAGAACAUGUUAACUCUCUUUUAACUCCUGUCUCAACAAAUGAAAAACCGGAGUUUAUGCAGAAAGCUUUGCCAUCUGUGGAGAAUGUCCAUGGGGAAACAUAUUCAGGAAAAGAGACAGGUAAUAUCUCAGACACAUCAUCAACUUCACAGGCAAUCUUUGUCAGCAGUCACUACCAUGAGAGUGCAGCAGUGAAGUCAAAUUGUGAGGAGGGUUUAAUUGCAGAGUAUCAUCCUAGCUCAGAAACCAAAGACAAUUUGCCACUCAAUGAAAUUCCUCAAGAGACUUACAGUGUUCAAAGCAUUGAAGCAUGCUCUAACAAAGAGGAGUUGAGGGAGAAUCACAGAAUUGAAUUUGAUCCUAGUCCUGAACUUCCAUUGGCCGCAGAGAAUGGCAAAGGCACCAUUACCAAUGGUAACCUGAUCUGUGAAUUGCAAGAUGAAGUUGUGUUCUACCAGGAUCAAUGCCAUGAACUAAGAGAAGAAUUAAUAAAAUUGAAAGAGAAGUUGAAGCUCUGCGAAGAGGAGAAACAAGGUCUUCAAGCUGAAGUAGGAAGACAGUUAUUUUUGGAAAGCAAAGAAAGACGUUGCAGCAAAAAGGUUUAUCAACCCCCCAGCAAACAUGCCAGUGGAAGGAGUAAGCCUGUUGGAGUUAGAGGUGCAUCCCAUGACUUUUCAGGUACGGAUGCUAAGCUGCUUGGUGGUGUAAAUCCUUUAGACAAAGCGGGUAAAUACUUUUUUCAAAUGGAUACUGUGGCUAUUUUGCUCCAGAUAUGAUUCAUAUAGACUGUAUGUUACUUCUACUACAAAUUUGCACUAUUGAUGUACAUUACUUAUCAUAUCCAAAAGAUGAUCACCAGAAAGCAUGCUGGAUUGGUAAAGGUUAUGACUUUCUGUCUUCAUCUCUCAAUAAUGCACCUCAAAAGGUAGAUGUUGUACAAUCUGGAACCUUGUCAUAUAGCCAUUAAUCAGUAUAUCAAACUACAACAGUACUGAAACUUGGUACUGUACCUUUAUUUAUAAAUUCCACUACAAAAAAAAGGCUCUCAAAAUUUGACGUUUCUUGGGAUAAGUAUUGAUGCAUGCAUCAUAGUAUUCUAAGAGUUACCCCACAUUUAUCUUGUUUGCAUUUUUUUUUGCAGGUUUCUCGAUUCAACAAAGACUUCAGGAGAUCUCACUUUCCCUAUCAGAAUUGGAACUAAGCAGAAUGAAGAAGCUUGUUCAACCCAUAUUGGAUGGCUUUAGACUUGCCAGGAUCAGGGAGUGCUCAGAGUUGUUUGAGGAAUUAGAAAGAAGAGGGGAGUUUUCCUGUUCCUUUGUUAGAGAUCUUCUAGAAAGAAUCCAUCGUUUUGAUCUUGUAGAGAAACUUGUUGAACCUUUUCAUAAUGGUGAAGAAUCAUCUAAAAGGGAAUAUUGUUCACCUCAAGAGAGCAAACAACUGGAUGACAUGUCUGAAAGUGUUUCUGGUGUCAAUAGUAAACAAUGUGAUGAAGUGGAAGAAGGGAAAGAAAUAUUUGACAACACUGAAGUUGAUGAAGAGGUCAAAGUUUGCAACAAUUCCAACAUAAACUCAUUUAACAGUGAUAGUGAGGGAGCUGCUCUCACUUUUCAUACAGAGAAUGCAAGUGGCUCAAAUUUUUUUGGUGAUGUGGAUCUGUCAGAAGAGAGAUAUGAUUCAGCCUCAAGCUUGUCUCAGUCAUUUGAUGUACCAAGUAUUGGAUUGGACUCUCGAGAGAGGUCUUGGUCACCUUCAUCUACAGGUGAACAAUCUGAAAGUGAAAAGCUGAAAGGAGCAUGUGCUGCAAAUGGCAAAAGGGACAAAGAAGUUACACAUGAUUUCUCUUUUCCUGAUGGUGCAGAGACACAGUUUUAUUCUCAUCAUCACUUAAAUGACAAUGUAGAUGGUGCAGUUAAUUUACCAGAUAGAGCCCAAGAUAGUUUAAAGCAAGAAGACUUAACUAGUGUGAAUCAAGAUUCACUUCCUAACAAAGACUCACCACAGAGGCAGAGUGUUUCAGGUGCAAGGUUCACUGCUCAAAAGGACACAGCCACAGAUCAGUCUGACUCUCAUGUGAGCAAUCAGUCAAAGAAAUGGGAGCACUUAGGGGCCAGGCCAAGAGACAGACCUCUUAAAACAGACAGAUGUCCAGAACCUUCUUUGCUAAACUCAUUGGAAGACUUGGUCCCUCAACAAGUUGCUGGACCUGUGGCUCAUGGAGUGGCCAACACAUUCUUAGAAAGACACUCAGAAGACAAACAUCUUCAUGAAAGUUUAUAUUACACUAAUGCUGAGAAGAUGUUGACUGAGAAUUCUUCAUUGCAAGGAGCUUCUCAUUUAGACAGUGUGAUAAACUUGACUGACUCAAAUAAAGCUAAACUGUACUUUGGUGAAUGUCAAGUUCCUUUCAGGCCAGAUCCAUAUUCUCAAACAUAUGCGUCAUUGUUCCCUCAGACUAGUGGAGCAUUUAUUGGAGGAAAUAAUAGUUCAAACACUGGCUUCAACUUAUUGAAUCCUAAUGUAGCCAACAACUUUGUGCCUCUUACAGGACUGCAAGAUGGGACUUUUCCACCUUUGCAAAGAGAUGAACGUUUUCAUUCUGGGUUCACUGGUUCAGGAUUGACCUCUGAUUUCAUGCAGCCCACAGGAUCUCAAAUAGGUGCCUCAAACACAUUGAAUUCCAAUUUAUCAAUAAAUGACUAUGCUCUUGGUACAAGAGAGCCUCAAAUACCACCAGAUGGGCAUUUUACAAGUUUGCCAAUUAAUCCACCAAUUCACUCAGGGUUCAAUGGUUCAGGCUUCACUUCUGACUUGACAGGGUCCACAAGGCCUGAAAUGACACAUUCUGCAACUGGUACACAUAGAAACAGUGACUUUGGUGGCAGUGCAUCAAUGUUACCUUCAACAAGAAAUUCUGGAUUAUUAGUAAGUUCAUCAGUUAACAAGCAAACCUAUGGUUUCCCUCCAGAUGCUUCCCCAACUUCAUCUUCAGGAGCAAGGGUUAAUGGAUCUGACAGCAGGCUUUUUUCAGAUUCAGAGUCAAGUAGAGUUAGUCAGUUAUUGCCAGUCACAACAGGCAGGGAUGGUUUGAAUACAUCUGAAGAGGUUAACUCUAGUAGCAAUGCAAUGAAUGCAUCUGGUGAUCAUUUGGCUUCUGGACACUAUAGAGAAGGAAGCAGGGCCUAUAAUUCUUCAAGCUCUCACAUGAUAUCUGGUACUGAUACAGGGGAGAGUCAAUCUGGCGAAACUGAAGAUUCAGUCACAAACAGAAACUAUGGUACAGAGUCAGUGGAGUCUACAGAUAACUCCCUGCUUGAAUUGGAACAGCGUGUUGAAGAAGCUUGUGCAAUGGUGGAAAGAGUGCUUAGGGAGAGAGAAGAAAGAGAAGAGUUUGGUCGGGAAAUUGAAAGAAAAGAGCGUGAAAUUCGAGCAGAAAGAGCACGAAAGAAGAGAGAAAGAGAAGCAAGGGAGCUAGAGGAAGCCAGAGGAUGGCCUCAACAGCAGGAACCAGUUACUGGACAAUCUUUAUGGCUUUGUGAGCAUUACCAACGUCAUUGUAGAGUACGCUUCCCUUGCUGUAACAACUUCUAUUCAUGCCACCGUUGCCAUAACAAUUCCAAAGAAUGUGAGAAUGAGGAAGCUAAAGCAAGUCAUGCAACUCACCUUAAAUGCAGCUAUUGUCAUCAUGAACAAGAGGUGAUGAAAGGUUUUUAGUUAUGUUGUAAAUUACAGUUAUAAGAAUUGCCAUAUUUUUUUAUUGGGAGUGGUAGAAAACGUAUAGGAGGAGAUUCAUGUCCUUCUUUCCAGUAACUUUUGUUAACUGUUUUGGUGAGUUAUUAAUUACAAUACAUUCUCCACUGUUGCAAACUCACUUUGCAUGUGUAUGCACAAUUUUAGUUUCCAUUUAAAUAAAAAUUAAGCAAAACAAACCUCACUGCAAAGUCAGAUACCAAAAUGUUUUCUCCUUUCCAUGGCAACUACACUGGCCACAGGUUGGAGUGCUGUUCUCUCUGAUGAAUGAGACAAUCUAUGUUUAGAACUUUGUGAUCAUAAUUCCCACUAACUUAGAAUGUGAGACUUACAAUUUUCCAAAUCAUUUCCUUUCAGAUUGGUGAAGACAGUGGCAAGUGUCGUAGCUGUGGAGCAAAGAUGUCAGCAUACUUCUGUGCUAUUUGUAAACACUUUACCAGCAUUGACAAAAAUCCAUAUCAUUGUGAAAAAUGUGGAAUAUGCCGGUAACUGACCUGACAACGUUUUAAGUUAAUAUAAAACUUUGCUGUUGUGUUUUUCACAACUUUUUAUGUUUUGAAGCCACAUGAGCUUUUUUGAGGCUCAAAGUUUCACUUUUCUCGUUAGUCAUCUUUUUGGCAACCUACAUGUGUAGAAUCGUAGAAUGGUCACCAGAAAGUAUUGGUAUUAUAAUAAGAUAAGCAUUGGUCUUAUUAUGUCAUGUUUCCUUGUAGCAUACAUAAAGACAAAUCGUUCCACUGUGAUGUAUGCAAUGUCUGUCUUGACAAACGGCUUCAAGGAAAGCACAAGUGUAGGCCAGACUCUGGCCAUGAUGAAUGCUGUAUCUGUUUAGAGGUGAGCUGGUAAACUUCAAAAUACUCAACCACUGGUUUCUUAAUCAUUUUUAUUAUUAUUGUUACUAUUAUUGAUAUAUUUUUAACAAUUUUCCUUUCCACUUAUUUUCCCAUGAGUAAAUUAUCCCACUCUGUAAGUGUAACACUGUGUUCUUUCCAAACUGAUGUAUUGAAAAUCACUUUCACACAUGCUGUGUUCUGUGACCACUUAAAAUUAUACCUUCUGACAUUUUGUCAUUUUUUUGUGAGAAGAAAUAUAAAUGUAACACCUAAGAUCCUGACAUACUUUGAACAACUUUUCUAGCCCACUUCAUGUAUAUAUACUAUAAAACUUGUUUAUACUUUACUUUUAUCCCUUAUUUCUGGACUAUCUUUUAACACUGAUUCAAUCAUAACUUCAGCAUAAUAACUUUUCAUUUUUGUGUUACUUAUAGGAUGCUUUCAGUGGAUGUCAGAUUUUACCCUGCUCACACAAGGUUCAUCGAGAAUGUGCAAUAGCUAUGAUACAGAAUGGAAUGUAAGCACUUAAUUCUUCAAUAUUCCUUCUCCACUUCUUUGCCUUGUUUGUUUAUUUGUAUGUUGUUGUGCUAGACUACACAGUUUUCCCUUCAUAGUCAUCAUUUUUCCAGAGAAAGCAAAUAGUAGAACCAAAGUUGAAAACUCUUAUAAGUAACUACCUCUGAUACACUACUGUGACCAGACUAUUUGUUGUCAUUGGAAAUUCUCAGAACUUCUGAGAUUACCCUCCUUUUGAGUUACCACUUAAGGUGGGUAACUAGCCCUUGCAUUACACUUGGUUGUAAUAAGGCUUCUCUGGCUUAUGGAUGCUCUUCUGUGUUCUUGCAAAUGAGGAAACCAUUCCACAACUUGCUCUCUUGCAUGUAGGGAAUCAGGUUUCUGCUGUGUGUCAUGUAACUUGUUAGUUAACUACAAGCAGCCAAAAAAAACUAUAUGUAUGUCAGUGAUUAGUAAUUGUAUGUUUCAUAUUUUUUUUGUUUUAGUCGCACAUGCCCAGUGUGCAGACACCCAUUAUACAGCCCAGCUCCUGAGUGAAAAUUGCUACAUUUUAUGAUGGUGACAAUCAGCUGCAUGUCAUUCAAAAGAAGAAGCACUUUUAAGGGAGAUGAAAAAUUUUGGCAAUUCUAAUGUUAAAGUUUAUAUUUGUACAUUGUUUGAGUUAAGGCUAUUACUUUGCCAUAUUGGCAAAAUGGAUUUCAGUUAGGUUUUGGUAAAAUACAUGUUCUUUGAAUGCUAAAUAUUUCUGAUAAGGGAACAAUUUUGUCUGGCUUUGAAAAAAAUUAAGACCAUGCUUCUAAAAUGGAAAAAAAGGCACAUAAUAGUUAAAUAAUUAUCUUAUUUAUUGAAGUUCUGGCUUGUUGCUUGAAAUUUAUCUUUGCAUAGUA